CGCAUCGCCGUGAGUGAUUUUCCGGAGAUGGACCCGAACAGCAGCCCCCGCUAGGGGUUUAUCCAGAGAAUGACAAGUAGCUGAAUAAACGUGACAGGGCGUGCUUUACGUUAAUAAUUGCAAACUUGUUACCAGCUGAUGCUGAUGAACGAAGCGAAGGCGCGCGUGCGAGAAAGAGAGAGAUAGAGGGGAAAGAGAAUUUCCUUCGAUCACCGUUAAUUGAGUAUAACGUAAUCGACAUGGCUUCGAUGAAUGAUCGACUUCAUUUUUAGUAACGAGUCCGAGCGAGAGAUCCGGCGAAAGAAAAUUUGCAUAUUAAUGGACAUCAGUCAGGACGAGUCACCGCGACGUGACGGCAGGACGAGACAAGGACAGGUGCUGAGGACAGCGACGGCUACGUGGAACCCGUAGGAUCUCUUCACAUGGCAACUGAAGGAUGAUCCAUCCCCCAUCGGGGAUACCAGGACGGAGAGCCAAGAGGGCUCUCUGGUACCUAUAAAACUAACGGUGUUCGGUCUUCAGUCGAGCAUUGAGCGACUCGGUGUCCACACGGAAGGAAUCGUCGAUCAGAGACGAAACAACAUCCGCAAGCAGCGAGGUGACUCCAGAAUUCAGACCGGUGAAUUAUCAUGCUUACCUUCCAAUUCACUCACGCGAUCACUUUUCUGGCCGCAAUCUUUCUAAUCGGCAAGUGCUACGCUCAUCCCACAUCCCGACGACAAGAGGUGAGACCUGCGUUGUGUGUUGGCUGCGGCACCGAAUGUGAUAAAUGCAAGUUUGGUUUCGUAAUAUCGGCUAUUUGCGGUAUCGCCGAAUGCCGACGAGGUCCUGGUGAUAUUUGCGGCGGUCCAAGCGAGGCCUGGGGCGUAUGCGGCGACGGAUUGAUCUGCAGUUGCAACCGAUGCGCCGGCUGCAGUCUGGAUUCCCUCGUGUGCUUUGCGAAUCAUGCUUGCCUGCCCCAUCAGAGCCUGGAAUCGGGAAGCCAUCUCGAUCUCUUCGAGAGAUUUCCAAGUCAAUUCGACAGAGUUGCCAAGUAAACCAAGAAAACCCACAAUCCAUAAGCCGCUCUGGAUAAACGAAAAGGAUGACGGAUGGAUGAUAUGACGAAUGAGAAAAACGAAUGUGAAAUUAGAGAGAGAGAGAGAGAGAGAGAGAGAGAGACAGAGAAA